GAGGAGAAGGCGAGGGCGAGCGAGCGCGGCGCUCCCGGGCCGGCCUGCCCCUCUCCCCUCACCAUUGCCUGCCCUUCGCCGCCUUCCUCGGCUUCCACCUUUUCUCCCCCCCCCCCCAAGUUGAGGCCCCCUCCGGGGGGGGGAGGUCCGGGACCGGGAGCGAAUUUUCUUAACUCCUUGAUCCCCUCCCCCCACCUGGCCCGAGUGUGAGGAGGAGGGCCCAGCCCGCGUCGUGUGAGGAGGACCUGGGUCGGCCCACGGGCCGUCUGGGGCCUGGUCCGGCCCGCCGGGUGUGUGAAGACAGGGGCCCGGUGCGGCCCGGCCCGAGGGCGAGCGGAGGGGAGGGGCUUGGUCCGUCUCGGCCGGUGCGUGAGGACUGGGGCCCCGGCCCGGCGCUGCCGCCGCCGCAGCCGCGAUGGCCCAGCAGCAGAUGACCAGCUCGCAGAAGGCCCUGAUGCUGGAGCUGAAAUCCCUGCAGGAGGAACCGGUGGAGGGCUUCCGGAUCACCCUGGUGGAUGAGUCCGACCUCUACAACUGGGAGGUUGCCAUCUUCGGACCCCCCAACACCCUCUACGAAGGCGGCUACUUCAAGGCGCAUAUUAAAUUUCCUAUUGACUACCCAUAUUCACCACCUACCUUCAGAUUCUUGACCAAAAUGUGGCACCCCAACAUUUAUGAGAAUGGAGAUGUAUGCAUUUCAAUUCUUCAUCCACCUGUAGAUGACCCACAGAGUGGUGAACUGCCCUCCGAAAGGUGGAAUCCUACUCAGAAUGUCAGGACUAUCCUGUUAAGUGUAAUCUCAUUGCUUAAUGAGCCCAACACCUUCUCCCCAGCCAAUGUGGAUGCUUCAGUUAUGUUCAGGAAAUGGAGGGACAGUAAAGGAAAAGACAAAGAAUAUGCUGAAAUCAUUAGGAAACAGGUUUCAGCCACUAAAGCCGAAGCAGAAAAGGAUGGAGUGAAAGUCCCCACGACGCUGGCGGAAUACUGCAUCAAAACUAAAGUGCCUUCCAAUGACAACAGCUCAGAUUUGCUUUAUGACGACUUGUACGACGAUGACAUUGAUGAUGAAGAUGAGGAGGAAGAAGAUGCCGACUGUUAUGAUGAUGAUGAUUCUGGGAAUGAGGAGUCGUGACGUGCUCCAUGGAUGCCCCUGUACUGCCCUGCCGUCUCAGGCCAAAGGGAGGGGAGCAAGUGGGGACCUGGCAGUGGCCCCUCAGCAACAACCUAUCAUGGGGGUGGGGAAACAAACACAGCUCCUGCUGACUCCCCUAUGGAUCUCAGUUCGCUCCUUUUUAUGGACCUCUUAAUGGAGAGAAGGUAAUCCUCCACAGUAUGUCCGAAUUCUUGCAUUCUUUACCCUUUCAUCACUGUAUUGAUUUUUUUUUUCCUUUCAAUCCAAACCCCUGCCUCACUUUGUGUCUACAAAGUGUUCACAGCAAAACACGUUUGGUCUGUUUUUAGAUUCUUGAAGAAUUAGUCAUUCACAAGACGUUUAAUGUGUUUAAAGCUGAGAACCCAUUGGGAGUUCAUAAGCGCUGCAUAUGCUGGGUAGCAAAAGAAAAUGGAAGAAAAAAAAAACACAAAAUCCCACAAAACAAACUUUAAAAAAAUAUUUUGCCAAGGUUUAGCUGCUCCAUUUACAUUAGUGUGUGUGCAUUUGUUCAGCCCCAUGGUGGUAAAUUUCGUUUCUUUCCUGUCUUAAGUCUGGGAUACAGUGGGCGUCAGGGACUUUGUGCUAAGCCUGAUGAAAUGUGUUCCUAAGGGCAGAGCCCCUUCAGCCUUCAGGAAAUCAUCCUAACACAGAGGCCUCAGUACUCUGAGGAGAGAAAUCAGAUUUUGUUUUUUGAAAUCGAUUGGGAUCUAAAGCCUGAAAUAAAUAUUCAUACUUUACAUAGAACUGAGCACUUGAUUGCUAUUUAUUUUAAAGGCAGAGUUGGUCUCCCUCCCUCCCCAGGGAGUCAGGGGAGAGUGGGGAUUAGUGGCGUGGAAUCUUAGUGACGGCAACACAGUGAAAAAUCACUAUGCCAACUCUGGUCGAUGCUGCUGGGGGGAAAAGUCAAAACUACUGGUGACCACUGUUGGGAGAGAAAACAUGAAAACAUGUUUUAUGUAUUUAACAAGGCCUUUCCCUAAAAGAUACAACUUUACCAUGAGGAUUUUUUUUUUAAGCAGACAGUCUUGAUUACUCAGUAUUAAUACUAGGUGCAUGUGUUAAGAUUUUGGUUUUCAUUGAGCUAGUGAUAACUGUGGAUAUAUGUGAGACAUGAGUGACCGGUUACCUUUCCUCAGUGGAUGUGACCUGGACUUUUCUCUCCUUUCAAUGGACUCUGGCUGCGGAUUACAAGCAGAAGCUGUGCACGGAGCCUGCCCUGGGCUGAGGGAGCUGGCUGCAGGCAUUGUCUGGUGACACUAGAUCUUCCUGCCAAGCAAUUGCCGCAGCUUUGAUUUCCCGGGUCUUGAUCAUGUGUUACUUCAGUCAAUACUGAGAUCCAUCAACCUUCACCAACCAGGGACUUCAGAACUUGGCGGUGACUUUCUUAUGGGAGUGGGCCAGUUCAUAGGAGGGCAGUGUUCUUUCAGUGGGGAAAAUCGUUAUAAUGUAAAAUCACAGGUUUUGGAAAGAAAAUACAGCAAAGACUAUAAUCCUACUUCGAUCCCUGUGCACUAGUGUCAACUCCUUUUCUUCAGAUCUUAGCUCAGAAAAAACAAGAGUUGAUGAGGGACAGGGUAGGAUGGAUCCUAGGACAGAGUAGGUGAUGCUUACUUCCUUAGCUCCUCCUUCCUUUCUGAUCUCAGGGUUUUCAUUCACUCUUCAGACUCUACAAAUGUUUGCUGACUAAUUCCCAGCAAGCCUCUCUGGCCUCUCAAGUUUGGUCUAGUAUUAGUGAGAACAUUUAAUAUGCUAAGGUUCAUAUGGGACAGUGUUGAGCCUGGUCCCAGAAUCUGUCCAAACCACAUGGGGUCAGGGUCAUUUGGACCCUUGAAUCUAGUAACUCUAGUCAGAUUCAGAGAACAGCCCUUUGUGACCAAACACUCUGACUGCAAACUCUUCACAGAAGGAUGUUGAAACUAGCUUUUUACUCCCCACGCUUCUUAAGUAUAUAGCUUCCAAAUAACCUGCAAAUAUUCUGGAGCCCAAAGUCUCUCAUAAUGCCCCCAAAACCCCACCACCACCACACACGUUUACAGCCAGUAGCUUGGUCUUACUCUUUUGGAGCCCUAAAAUUAAGCUUUUCUUUUCCCUUACUGCUAAAGCAUUUCUCUCCCAGGGCAGGCCAGGCACCUUGGCAUUGUGGGAGGUGCUAUGCUGCUCAGCCCUGUCCCAUUAGGCCCUGUUGGCCUCCGUUGCACAUUGACUCAGGGAGCCAGAGAGCCAGGUGGUUGUACCUCUCAGCCCUUUGGGGUAUUACUAUUGAGGGCUGGGUUUGCCUCUGAUAAAAGAGUACAAUCAGUUCCAGAAAAGACUGGGGUGUGUUGAUUUGCCAACAGGUAGACAUUCUGAUAGCUCACACUAACUUGUAAAACCCAGAUGCUGGUUCCAGAGCUCUGUCCUGAGAAUAACACAUCCUGUGGCAAAAGAAAACUUGAGCAUGUAACACUUUUCUUAUUAGGAGUGGAGAUCUCAGGCUCAAGCCAGAACCUUGUGACUACAGUUGUGCUGAUCAUUUGGUGUAACAUGAACUCAAAACCCUGCAUUUUUAGAUUCCUUUUGAUUCUAGGAGGCCUCUCUGGGUGCUUUUCAGGCCUGUGUUUUUUGAGGCUGGGUGGAGAAAGUAUAAUAUCAUGAUUCCGUUGUUUUUCUCAAAGUCUUCCCCCCUCUAUUUCAUAUCAUUCCAGAGUUCUUUUCUAUUAGCCAGACCUUUUUUUGUAGUCCCUUCUUUCCUCUUGGUAAUUAUUUGCUUCUUUAUUUGCUGGUUUCCUUAUUUUGGGGGACAUAUAUAUAUGAAAUUGAAGGGGAAAAUGUGUAGUUCUCCACUGAAAAUUAACUCUCCACCCCUCCCAUCCUGAUAAAAAGGUUUACAUUUACAAAAAGAUUCAGAUGCAAUUUUCAACUAUUCUGAAACCAGCAGGACACACCUGACUUUAAUAGUUUUCCUAGCUGAAAUUGUAGAUGUUUUUCUUCAGUUUAACUUAUGAGAAAAGAUUAUCUGAUGCGUUUGUGUUGAACCUCUCCUUUAGUGGUUUAUUUUGUCUUUUUCUGCCCAUCUGUCUACUAAUAAAAUGUGAAAUAAAAUA